AUGAAUGCGAGUGAUGCUGUAUACCGCGGAGUUCCUAAGAUCCUGUAUCUCUGGAAUGUCAAACGCAACGUUCUUUCACGUGUACAAGACGAUCUCGGAACCAUACGUCUAUCGCUAUCGGGGCCGAAUGGCAAGAUGAAACAGAACUCUGUGGAGACGGAUGUCUUCAUGGCAAAAUACUACAAGGCCCUAGUAUCGGAAUCCGAAUCUGAAUUCAAAGAGCACUUCACUUCACUGCGAGAGCUGAGUAGCAUUACCGCUGACUACCUUGAUCGGACAUAG